UUGGUGGUUGUGUGUCAAAGUCUCACAUGGUGAAGUAAACACAUUUGUACUCAAAACUUUGGUUUUUGUUCGAUGCACUGAAAGAAAUUGGCCAAAUUCUAUCAACAUGGCUGUAGAUUUGAAGGGAUUCAAAGUUUUAAAUCUGGAGUUUACAUUCAACAAUGAGAAACAGACGCGCCAGCUAUUCGUUCAAAAGCACAAUGUAAAGCGGACAACGGACGAUAAACCGCUUGGCAAAACAUUAUUCAUAAUAAACAUCCCGCCAUACAUCAACGAGCCACAAUUACGAUCAGCCUUCAGUUCGCUUGGAUGCAUCGACAAUGUUUUUAUCACGGAAAAUACGAUUGAACACAGCAACGAAGACGCCACAUCAGUGGCGAGUCAAUCGAAAUAUUUCAACAACAAAAAUGAUGAGCUCGGCUUUAAAGUGGCCUACGUAGUGUUCAAGCUGACAAAAUCUCUGGAGAAUGCGUUGAAAUUGUCAAAAGUGAAAAUUGAAUCGAAUGAGAAUGGUUCGAGUCUAUUGACAGGUAUCGACAAAUGGACUAAACAGUAUCUCGACAGUUUCAUUGACGAAAAGGAAUUGCAAGCCGAAGUGGAUGAAUACAUGCGUGCAUUUGAGGAACGCGAACAAGAGGAGCGUGAAGAAUCAAAGAAGACCGAAGUGGAUGAGGAUGGUUGGACUGUAGUGAAACGCAAAACCGGCGGCUUCCAACAAAAAGAGUCAAUUCUAAAAGCACUCGAAGACAAAAUCGAAAAAGGCAAAGAGAAGAAAGAGUUUAAUAAUUUCUAUGCGUUUCAAAUUCGACAAUCCAAACAAAAGCACAUCGUUAGUUUGCGUAAGAAAUUCGCCCAAGAUAAAUUGAAAAUUGAAGCAAUGAAAAAAGCCAGACGAUUCAAACCAUUUUAAAAGAAAAAAAAAUUUGCUUAACACUUUUUGUUAUAAUCAAAAAUCUAUUUCCUAUUGAAUUGAAUGAGAGCGAGACAAGAAAAAAAAGAAAAAAUUA